AUGGACACGAAAGGCAUAGAAUUCGCAUUUAUCAAAGCGCAGAUAGAAUCAGCUGGGGUCUCAACGCGUGUUAUCAAUACAGGUAUAUUGGGAGAACCACAAUUAACACCGGACAUCUCUGCCGAUGAAGUCGCACAAGCAGGCGGUUCAUCGUUACAGGCAUUGCGAGACGAAGGCGACCGAGGCAAUAGCGUCACUGUGAUGGCGCAGGGUGCCGCAGUACUUGUUGCGGAAAAACAGGCUGCAGGCGAGAUUGACGGGAUCAUCUCACUCGGUGGCUCCGCAGGCACGACCAUCGGAACGACAGCAAUGCAGGCAGUCCCAGUGGGUGUUCCGAAAAUAUGGUAUCCCACAUUGGCAUCGGGUGAUACCAGCCCUUAUGUACAAUCAAAAGACAUAAGUAUGAUGUAUUCCGUCGUGGACAUCGCUGGCAUCAACCGUUUGUCACGACAGAUUCUCGCUAAGACGCCGCGGGGCAAUCGUCGUGGGAUGGUGUGA